AUGGAGCAUCUGCGGCUCCGUCUGGCGGCUCCGCUGCAGCUGGUGGCGCAGAGGAACGAGAGGAGCGGCGGCGAGCUCGGCCGCUUUCUCGCCAAACAGGUCUGGAAUCAGCAGGACCGUCAAUGUAUCCUCAGUGCCUUAGCCCAGUUAUUGCUGGACAAAGAAUGCACUCUGCUGAUCAGUCGCCAGUUUCGUUCAAUAUUGCUGGAUCUUUUGGAAAGGAAUGUGGAAGUUAUUAAAGCUAGUGGCCAGAUCAACCACGAUCUUCAUGAGAGGUUCUGUGUAGCAAUUAGCAAACUUAUUGGUGAUCAUCCGGAUGUGAUGCCAUUUGCUCUGAGGUAUUUUAAGGAUACUUCACCAGUGUUCCAAAGACUCUUUCUGGAGAGUUCAGAUACAAGCACAGUUCGGUAUGGCCGCAGACGAAUGAAGUUAAGAGAUCUCAUGGAAGCAGCUUAUAAAUUCCUACAAAAAGAUCAGUCUGUAUUCAGAGAGCUGUGGGACUGGAGCGUUUGUGUUCCAUUACUGAGAAGUCAUGAUACUUUGGUCCGAUGGUACACUGCUAGUUGUCUUGCUUUGGUUACAUGUAUGAGUUAUGAUAAUCGGUUGGCUUUCCUGAAGAAGAUCUUUAAUUCAGAAGAACUAAUACACUUCAGACUUAAGUUGCUCGAAGAAUCACGGAUGCAGAAUGUGGAGGGUACCCUAGUCUUAGCCAACUUAGACACAUCCUUUUGGAGCAAAGAGAAGGAACUGCAGUAUACUCAGGGAGAGAUAGUAUCUGUCGAUCUUUCUGCGAAGGUAGUAGCAGUCUGUGGCGUUGUGCUACCUAAACAGAACUCUGUUCCUGGAGAAAAUCAGGAGAGCAUCUUGAAUCGGUUUGUGUUGGUUGAGUCCGCCUGUACAAAUCUUCAAAAGCUUGCUUUGGCUGUAGCUUCACAGAAUGCAGUAUUACUCGAAGGGCCAGUAGGAUGCGGCAAAACUUCUUUAGUUGAAUACUUGGCAGCAGCCACGGGAAGAAUGAAGCCACCUCAUGUUCUCAAAGUCCAACUGGGAGAUCAAACUGACAGCAAGAUGUUACUGGGCAUGUACCGUUGUACAGAUGUACCAGGUGAAUUUGUGUGGCAACCAGGGACCUUGACCCAAGCAGUCAGCAAAGGGCACUGGAUACACCUGGAGGAUAUCGACUAUGCUUCUCUGGAUGUGAUCUCUGUAUUGAUUCCUCUUUUGGAAAAUGGAGAACUGUUGAUUCCUGGGCGGAGUGACUGUAUAAAAGCGGCUCCUGGGUUCCAGCUUUUUGCAACAAGAAGGGUCUUCAGCUGUGGUGGCGGUUGGUACAGACAACAGAACAGCCAUGCUGCUCUUCUAGACAAGUACUGGAUGAAGAUUCGGCUGGAUAAUAUGCCUAAAGCUGAACUCAAAGAGAUUCUUCAAAUGAGUUAUCCUAAACUUUCGACAGUAACGGAUCACCUAUUAGACAUCUACAUUAGACUUGCCGGCAACAAACAUCAGUCUGAAAAUAAUAUUUCAAUAGAUGAGAACACAACAGAAGAUGCAUCUCACUUAUUACCAGAAACCAAAAGGCCAAGUUUAGAGGGCAGAGAGUUAUCUCUGAGGGACUUACUGAAUUGGUGCAACAGGGUCGCUUACAGCUUUGACAGUUCUUCUGCCUCUACUGCGCUGAAUAUUUUUCAUGAGGCGUUGGACUGUUUCACAGCUAUGCUGUCCAAGCUCAGCAGUAGAAUGAAGAUAGCAGAAGUCAUUGGGAGCCAACUCAACAUUUCCAAGCACAAGGCUGAAUACUACUGUCAACUUUAUAAACCAGAAAUCAUAAUUGGGGAAGGAGAAGUCACAGUGGGAAGAGUCCAACUCUUUAGGAACCAAACCCGUGCCCUACUCAUGCAAAGGAAAAAGCAGACCUUUGCACCCACACGUCCAUCUUCAGUAUUAAUUGAGCAGCUUGCGGUAUGUGUAGACAAAGGAGAACCCGUUCUGUUGGUCGGUGAGACCGGGACAGGCAAAACAUCUACUGUACAGUACCUGGCCCAUAUUACAGGACACUACCUGAGGGUUGUCAAUAUGAACCAGCAGAGUGAUACUGCAGAUCUGCUGGGGGGCUAUAAACCAGUGGAUAACAAAGUGAUUUGGAUGCCUUUGCGGGAGUCUUUUGAGGAGCUUUUUGCGCAGACAUUUUCCAGAAAACAGAAUCAGACUUUUUUGGGGCACAUCCAGACAUGUUAUAGGCAGAAACGGUGGCACGAUCUUCUCAAACUCAUGCAGCACGUUCAUAAAUCAGCUGUUAAUAAAGAAGCAAAAGAAAAUGGUUCUCUGUUGAAGGAAAGGUGGGAAGAGUUUGGGAUUCGGUUGAACCAUGCUCAACAGCAAAUGAAGAUGACGGAAAAUUCUCUGCUCUUUGCAUUUGUAGAGGGCAUUCUGGCAGAAGCUGUGAAGAAAGGAGAAUGGAUUCUACUGGAUGAGAUUAACUUGGCUGCAGCAGAGACUUUGGAAUGCCUGAGUGGUUUACUUGAAGGGCUCUCUGGUUCCUUGGUAUUGCUGGAUAGAGGAGACACAGAGCCAUUGGCACGUCAUCCACAUUUUCGUUUGUUUGCCUGUAUGAAUCCAGCUACCGAUAUUGGAAAAAGAAAUCUACCUCCAGGAAUACGGAACAGGUUUACUGAACUUUAUGUACAAGAACUACAAAAUGAGGAAGACCUGCAGAUUCUUAUCAUGGAUUAUCUGAAAGGUUUGAAUGUGAGCAAAAAUGUAGUGCAAGGGAUCAUGAGCUUCUAUUUGUCUGUGAGAAACGAAUGUGAAACAAAGCUGGUAGAUGGGACAGGCCACAGGCCUCACUACAGCCUUCGUACUCUGUGUAGAGCUUUGAGAUUUGCCUCAUCCAAUCCGUGCAAUAAUAUACAGCGUUCGCUUUAUGAGGGUUUUUGCUUGGGCUUCCUCACACAGCUUGACAGAGUUUCUUACCCAGUAGUUCAGAAGCUAAUACACCAUUAUAUUUCUGGAAACACAAAAACCAUUCUCAAGCAGCCCUUACCAGAACCGAAAGUAGGUGGAAUGAUAAAGAUAGAGGGAUACUGGAUUCCAGUUGGUGAUAAAGAACCUACUGUGGAUGAAACUUACGUGCUCACACCUUCGGUUAAGCUUAAUCUCAGAGAUAUCGUCAGAGUUGUAUCAGCUGGGACUUACCCAGUGCUAAUCCAAGGAGAUACUUCCAUUGGUAAAACCAGUUUAAUCCGCUGUUUGGCUGCUGCUAGCGGGAACCAUUGUGUUCGAAUUAACAAUCAUGAACACACUGACAUUCAGGAGUACAUUGGCUGUUACACAUCGGAUGCAUCUGGCAAGCUAAUAUUUAAGGAAGGUGUCCUAAUCGAUGCCAUGAGAAAAGGCUACUGGAUAAUCCUUGAUGAACUGAACCUGGCCCCUUCUGAUGUGUUGGAAGCACUGAACAGAUUGCUAGAUGACAACAGAGAGUUGUUUGUAACAGAGACUCAAGAAACUGUCAAAGCCCACCCAAGAUUCAUGCUCUUUGCUACACAAAAUCCGCCAGGGCUCUAUGGAGGCAGGAAGGUGUUAUCCAGAGCCUUCAGGAAUAGAUUUGUAGAGCUGCAUUUUGAUGAGUUACCAAGCUCAGAGCUGGAAACCAUCCUGCACAAACGAUGCCAGCUUCCACCUUCAUACUCUUCUAAACUUGUUAAAGUCAUGUUGGAGUUGCAGUCUCAUCGCAGAGGUUCAUCAGUGUUUUCAGGCAAGCACGGAUUCAUUACACUUCGUGAUCUCUUCCGCUGGGCUGAAAGGUACCGAUUGGCAGAACAAAAGGAGAAGAGCUAUGACUGGCUUCAGCAUUUAGCAAAUGAUGGAUUUAUGCUUCUGGCAGGGAGAGUCAGGAAACCAGAAGAAGAGGUGGUUAUUCAAGCUGUUAUUGAAAAACACUUUAAGAGGAAGCUGAAUCCUGACUCCAUCUUCUCAGAAGAAAGUAUGAAGAAGCAAAUCAGUCAGUUUACAGAAGAUGCAUCUGCACUGAUGUCUGUAAUGGAUGACCAGUUUGGCCAUGUUGUGUGGACUCGAAGGAUGACACGGCUUGCGGUGCUGGUGGGCCGAGCAUUGGAGUUCGGUGAGCCUGUACUACUAGUUGGAGACACAGGGUGUGGAAAAACAACUAUUUGUCAGAUGUUUGCAGCUUUAGCCAAUCAGAAAUUGUAUUCUGUAAACUGUCACUUGCACAUGGAGACAUCUGAUUUCUUGGGUGGUCUGCGACCAAUUAGGCAGCGGUCAAAGGACAAGGAGGACUUUGACCAUCCUAGGCUGUUCGAAUGGCAUGAUGGAGCCCUUGUUCUAGCGAUGAGAGAAGAUGGCUUUUUCCUCAUGGAUGAGAUUUCAUUAGCUGAUGAUUCUGUGCUAGAAAGACUUAAUAGUGUUCUCGAAACUGAAAAAACACUGGUAUUAGCAGAGAAAGGUAGUGAGGAUGAUGAAGUAGAGCUACUCACUGCAGGGAAGAAAUUUCGCAUUUUAGCCACAAUGAAUCCUGGAGGAGACUUUGGGAAGAAAGAGCUGUCUCCUGCCCUGCGUAAUAGAUUUACAGAAAUAUGGUGCCCACAGAGCAACCAUCGUGAAGAUUUAAUACAGAUCGUAAAGCAUAACCUUCACCCAGAACUUCGUCUGGUUGGAACAAACCACAAUGGGAGUGAUAUAGCAGAAGUCAUGAUGGAUUUCAUUGAGUGGGUGACGAACCAAGAAUUUGGCCGCCAGUGUAUUCUCAGCAUCCGGGAUAUUUUGUCAUGGGCCCACUUCAUGAAUGCCAUGGUGAAAGAAAGUCAGUCAGACUCCUCUGAGAAAUGCCAGGUGUCUGGCAUCCCUCCAGUGGUAUCACUUGUACAUGCCGCAUGUCUGGUGUACAUAGAUGGAAUAGGUUCAGGCACAAUGACCUUUUCAGCUGAUGUCGCUUUUCUGGCCCGUGAAAAUUGUCUGGAAUAUUUGUGUGGAAAGCUUUCACAAAUUGUGCAACUCACUGAGGGGCAGAAGAACGAACUGAGAAUUUAUGACCUGAAGAAGAAGAGGGAAAUUGUUUGGAUGGAGAACUGUGUAGGGAUCCAUCCAUUUUUUAUACCGAGAGGUCCUCUUUACCAGAAGAACAGUGUCUCAGACUAUGCUCUGAAUGCAAGAACCACAGCAAUGAAUGCACAGCGAUUGUUAAGAGCCUUGCAGCUCAGCAAGCCCGUACUCCUGGAAGGCUCUCCAGGUGUUGGAAAGACCAGCUUAGUAUCAGCCUUAGCAAAGGCUUCAGGAAAUUUCCUUGUCAGGAUCAACCUUUCUGAACAAACGGAUGUCACAGAUUUGUUUGGAACAGACUUGCCCGUUGAAGGGGGCAAAGGAGGGGAGUUUGCCUGGCGUGAUGGACCUCUGCUUGCAGCCUUGAAAGCGGGUCACUGGAUUGUAUUAGAUGAGCUGAACUUGGCUUCUCAGUCAGUGCUGGAAGGACUGAAUGCUUGUUUUGAUCAUCGGGCAGAGAUUUACAUUCCUGAGUUGGGGAUGAGUUUUCAUGUUCAACAUGAGAAGACAAAGAUCUUUGGGUGCCAAAAUCCCUACAGGCAAGGCGGUGGCAGAAAGGGGCUUCCUAAAUCCUUUCUUAACCGGUUCACACAGGUCUAUAUGGACCCCCUUUCUGCAGCAGAUAUGGAGUACAUUGGGAACUCCCUUUUCCCUGCCAUUGAUGAUGUGUUUAUUGCAGAAAUGGUUGAAUUCAACAACAAGAUUAACCAAGAGAUUAUGGUUGAGAAGAAGUGGGGACAUAAAGGUAGUCCCUGGGAGUUCAAUCUGCGUGACCUUUUUCGAUGGUGUCAUAUGAUGCUACUUGACCAAUCGCCUGGCACUUAUGAUCCAGGCCAACACAUGUUUUUGAUAUAUGGUGAGAGGAUGAGGACAGAAGCAGACAGAAAGAAGGUAGUGUCUGUAUUCAAGGACAUUUUUGGCCAGAAUGCUAACCCAUAUAUGGGAACCAGACAGUUCCAUAUCACUCGUUAUGACGUUCAGGUUGGUUUCUCAAGCCUCCCCCGCGCCAGCUAUGUUCAGCCUCCUGGCAGAAGUCUAUCAUUGCUCCACCAUUCCCUCCAGCCUUUGGAAUCCAUCAUGAAAUGUGUGCACAUGAACUGGAUGGUGAUACUGGUGGGCCCUGCCUCUGCUGGCAAGACUAGUCUGGUUCAGCUUCUGGCAUACCUAUCAGGCCAUAAGUUAAAGAUCAUGGCAAUGAAUAGUUCCAUGGACACGACGGAGCUGUUAGGAGGAUUUGAACAAGUUGAUAUCAUUAGGCCUUGGAAGAGUUUGCUGGAGAAGGUGGAAAACGUCGUGACCACACUUCUAAGAGGGAGCCUCCUCCAUACGACUAUCCACUCAGAUGACGUCGAAAUUGUGUUACGUGCCUGGAGCAAUUUCAUUCUGAAUUUCAAGCCCAAAUCCCUGGGAGAAGGGAAUCAAAACCUCACCGAACUAGUGACUAAAUUAGAUGGACUGCUUCUGCUGGUCCAACGGCUAAACAACAGGGCCAACACCUACCCAAGGCCAGAGUUCUCAAGGCUUGUGGAAGAGUUUAGACUCUUCAAGUUGCAGGUGGUUCAGCUUUUGAAUAGCGGCAACCACGGUACUUUCGAGUGGGUUGAUGGAAUGUUGGUCCAGGCUUUGCAGGCUGGAGACUGGCUUCUGCUGGACAACGUUAACUUCUGCAGCCCUUCUGUUUUGGACCGCUUGAAUGCUCUGCUUGAACCUGGAGGGGUCCUUACCAUGAGUGAAAGGGGAGUAAUAGAUGGUGAAACCCCCACUAUCACUCCUCACCCAAAUUUCAGGCUGUUCCUGACAAUGGAUCCUUUGCAUGGGGAAAUAUCCAGAGCCAUGCGGAAUCGUGGGAUUGAGAUAUAUGUUCCUGGGGACAAUGAUGAGAAUUCAUUGGAUUUCCAUGAUAUCAAGCUGCUGUUACACGCAAUCGGAUUGCUGGGAAAUAGCACAUGUGACGCACUUGUGGCUGUGCACACAGAAACAAAGGAAAACAUAGCAGGUUCUACAUGCUCACUGUCGUCUUUAAUUCAUGCUGCAACACUGACUGUGCAGCAGUUGCACCGAGGAAUUAGCUUAGCCAAGAGCUUCUCUAGAGCAUGUUGGGAGGUCUAUGUCUGCCCACAACAGUCACAAGACAACCGAAAGCUUGUGCUGGACUUGGUAAUGAAGCACGUUUCAGCUUUGGCUUCAGAUGAUGCUCAGGGCGAUUCCCUGCUUGCCUUGGGCUUGUGGCCAGAUUCAGCCGCCAACGCUUUCUUUGCAGCUGAGGAGUCUUUCCUUUCUGUGGUUCAGAAUGAUGCCCAGAUCUUGGCACACUGCCUAAAUAGACUGAAUCUUAAAAACACCAGGACACUGCCUCUUACUAUACAAGAUUUUAAGAAAAUUCUGCAGUCUCCUAAUCCAGAUUGUCUGAAAUUCAGUGGCGUUGAGAUAGAUGAGUGUUGGAUAGAUGACAUGGAAGUCUUUUCAGCAGCUGUUAAAUUGUUCAUACAAAAGGCAACCAAUCAGGACUGGUCACUGAGAGUUGGAUGGCUCAAUCAGUUAAAAAAGAAUUUCCCACAGGUGCCUGAUUUAGUACAUACUCAGUUGGAAGCUGGUGCUGCAUCUCUGAAUAAUUUGUACUGCAGUCCACUACAGCCACAUACAACAGAUGAGCAUGUGAUUCCCAUGGACCCAAGGUGGAACAUGCAGGGCUUCCAUAUAAGAAAUACAGUUAAUUUUGAUGCAGAACACUCAGAUGAGCUGCUUACUCUUCUGAAGUCACGUUCAAAUCGGGCCAUAUUGUUUCUUGACCGAGAAAAAAGGGACUAUGUUGAAAGAAGCUUGAUUAACACCCAAAAAACAAGAAAUAGUGCCUUAAGGGAAUCUCUAGAGUUUCACAAAGACUCAGGCAACUACAACUCACUUCCGCAUCCUGUGGUGGCUAAUCUUGCUGCACUUUUUGAACACUGGGAUGCCUACGUAUUGAACUGGGUAAAAUUUUCUCAAGGGGCUGUGUCAGAUGAAAAAUUACACCAAAUUCUGGACUGUUUACUAUGGCGUGAUCGGUUUUGGACAACAUCUGACACUGUGGCUAUAGAUUCUCCUGGCUUGAUGCUUUUGUCUCUUCACUGGCACUGGGUGGUGAAACACUUAAUCAGCAACAUCCCUGAGCUACUGAGUGGAUAUGAGCAGCAGAAGCUGUCCAAAGAUAUUCAGUUUGUUGCGCAGCAAAUUCAGCAUAGUCUGGCAAGUCCCGCUGGUAUUUCUGCCAGCAUUAAGAAGCUGCAGAAGUGUUUGGGAAAGCCUCUUCCCUUCAAGGAAAAAGCAGUAGUAGAAUGUGCCACCCAUCUGCAACGGCUCUCCAAAGCACUUAACAUUCUGGAGCUGGGGCCGGCCCUUGGGGACAGUCAGCAGCAGAAGCAGAUAUGCACUCUGAAAACCACUGCCACAGAAUGGAAGAUCAGAAAAGCACUGCUUCAGGCUCAAGGCCUGGUUCUCAGAGCUAAUCGCUUGAAGGACAUUAGUUCAGAUGAAUUGCAGGCCUUUGUGAAUCUCCAGCAUUCAAAGCUAAAACAUGAAAGGGUCUUGGUUGAAUCUGUUGAAGAAAAGUAUGCCGCGUUCAAGCAGCUGGACUCUGCCUUGCUGACGCAGCUCUCCUGUAGGAUUCAGCUGUGGCCGGCAAUGGAGUAUUUGGCACUGUUGUGGCAGUACAAACUGACUGCAGAUUGUGUUUCUAAGGCAUAUUUGCAAAGGAAAGACAGCAAUCACCAGUUAACUGUAUGUUCAGAAAUAACGCAGUUUAUUGCAUUCUGCCUCAAGUUUACACCUGCUACCUCUCAGCAGCUUCAAGGACUUUUUUACCUGUUGGACCUUCAUAUGGUAAGGAUAAAAGACAUUUCUGUCUUGUGGUCAGAGCUGGUGAAUGCUGCUUUAGCAUCAUUCUGGAGUACUACAGUAACCACAGAUCCGGAGCACUGGCUAGCUUGGAAGCCAGUAUCUGUGGAAGAGAAGAAGAUACCCAAAUCCCUCAUGGACUGUUCUCUUAAGGGUGUGGGAAUUUUGAGUCAAGCCGUUUUCUCCAAGUGCCUCUCUGAAAUUCUAACUAGCAGCAGCAAGGGGUGCCAGUGGGAUGCGACUGGCCUUCCUGUUCUGUCGGCCUCCAACGUGACUCUGGGCGAGUGGCUGGAGAGAGCGCAGCAGCUUCAGGAAGUCAGUGCGGUUCUGUGGAACAACUUGACCUUUUCCUCCAUGGCUGAAUUUAGAUAUACUGAUUCCAGGUUCCAGCUUGCCAUCUUAGAGAAGCAGCUUAUGGCUCUUAAAGACCUGGUUCCGGUACAACUACAAGAGGAGUACCUCAAAAGCUGUGAUAAGCUUUCUUCCAGGGGCCCCGUGGCUUUGCAGUGCAUCUUCAAAGUCCUCAAGGAAGUUGCCGCUCAGGACAUACUACCCGAAGAAAUGAUGUGUCUGUGGAGGACUUGUCUGCAGCAGUUCUGCAUGCAGGAAGGAGGACCCCAGAACUUGCCUGAAGCCGUGCGGCGUGGCAGGCUCUGGGUGAACUUAGGGCUGCUGCAGAUCCACAUAUGGCUUCCACAGACUCGGUUUGAUCCUGCGGUAAAGAGAGAAUACAGACUCAAGUAUGCAAUGGAAGAGUUGCACCAUCUAGAAUGUGAAUGGAAAACUCACAAUCUAUCCACUCAGCUGUUCACAGGAAAAGAUCUUGAAGAUGAAACAAUUAGCAGACACAGUCACCCUCACAUUAGGAUGUUAUGCCAAAGAAUCCAGAAACUAAAGAAUCAGAUUGCCCGCCUUGGCCAAAAACAAGCCUUUAGACCCCAGAGCCCUUUGUAUGACUGCUUAUAUCAGGAGGUUCAUCAGUAUGUCAACAGCAUUGGCCAGAUUUCUAAGGUGCAGGAUCUCUUGGCUCGCCUUGUGCAGUUCCUCCACGGGGAUAAAUCCCAGCCAGCCCAGGUGGUUCAGAAAGUUCUCAAUGAAGAAGCUGCCUGGCAGCAGUCGCACCAUCAAUUCAGAAAACAUUUGACGGAGGAUUACGCUGCUUUCCUGGAUGUAGUUGCUCCACUUCAGGCUGCCAUUUUGCAGGUGCAGCACGGCCUGAGACUUGUGGCUUCUGAAGUCCACAGAGCAACCCUGAGCAGUGUUGUCUGCCUGACCAAGCUUGGCACCCUUGUUGCUUCUCUCCUGUCAUUUCCUUCUGUUGGGGGCACCUUCCCCACUUACCUUUCCCAGGCAGAUGCUUUGUGCUCUGUGGACUCUCUAGAUGUUCUUCACAACCUUCAGAGGCUGUCUCAGAAGUACUCUGCUGAAGGUUCAGACAGGGAGCAGAGGUUGUGUCUUACCCAAGAGCAGCUGCUGGUGAAUGCCUUAUUGUAUCUCCGUUGCCAUGUGCUGUCUAAGGGAGAGCUGGACCAUAAAUCUCUGCAACUUUUUAGACAUCUGUGUCAGGUAAUUAUAAAUGAAUGGGAUGAACAAGAGCGUCUGGCCCAGGAAGAGGAGGAACAGAAAAAUACUCUGUAUAGAUACAAGGCCAAAAGCCACGGAACUGGCCUGAGUGAAGAGGAGGAAGAAGAGAGAGAAUUCAGAAAGAAAUUUCCUCUUCAUGAGAAGGAUUUUAAAGAUAUUACAGCUCAGGCAAGUCUUGAGGAAGAAAUGGAAACUGAAGAUGGUUUAGAAAACGAAGCUGCCUUUGAAACACCCCUCCUUUCCCAUCACUCACUGAAAACUGUAAUGGCAGUGCAUCAGCAGCUAUCCCUUUACUUCGCUCGAUCUCUGUGGUAUCAGCAGAACCUGCCCUCCCAUCAGACUAAAUAUCACUUGACUACAUUUGUCUCCUGUUACCAGACUGGUGCUUCACUGGUGGCCCAUUUUUAUCCUUUGAUUGGGUCUGAAAUGAAUGACCAUCUACAGGGCUGCCAGCUUCUUGCUAGCACAAUACUGCAGAAUACACUUUUUGAAGAAGGUUCAGAACUUGCCCUGCAGCUUGAGGAGCCGUAUGACUUCUAUCAUCACCCUAAUAUUCAGCAAGUUCAGCUAUGCCAACCUGUGCUGGAAAACUUUGCUAAAGAAGUGAGGGUACUGUUGCGAGAAUGGCCUGAUCACCCUGUGCUUGUGCAGCUCUUGGUUGUGAUGGACAGAAUCUGUAGCUUUCCACUCUCCAGUCCCCUCUCAAAGUUCCUGAAUGGCUUAGAAAUUCUGCUUGCCAAGGCUCAGGAUUGGGAGGACACUGCUAGUCGAGCAGUGUCUCUCAGGAAACACCUUGAUUUGGUCACUCAGCUGAUCAUCCAGUGGCAUAAACUAGAGCUGAACUGUUGGUCUGUUAGUCUUGACAAUACAAUGCAGCGUCAGACAGAAAAAUCGAUGAAACAUUGGCUUUCAAUCUAUCAGAUUAUAGAAAAAUACCAACAAGAACAGAUAGGGAAGAACACUGAAGAAAUGAGUUUAACAGCAGUGGUCAGUACACUGCAGGCUUUCAUGGAAGGAUCCACCCUGGGAGAAUUUCACACACGACUUCAAAUGCUGCUAGAAUUCCACUGCCAUGUCUUGCUGAUGCCACAGGUGGAAGGUAAUGAUAUUCUGUGCAAUGUACUAUGGAAUCUAUAUCAUUAUUACAAGCAGUUUUCAGAAUGUGUGCAGGCUAGGCUGACUGAACUCCGGCAGCCUAUUGAAAAAGAACUAAAGGAGUUCGUGAAAAUCUCAAAAUGGAAUGAUGUCAGCUUUUGGGCUGUAAAACAGUCUGUGGAGAAGGCUCACAGGACACUUUUUAAAUUUAUGAAGAAAUUUGAAGCUACGCUCAAUGAACCGUGUCGAUCAGCCUUAAUGGAGACAUUCAAAGACAAGCAAGUAGUUUCUUUGCAGAAGCAAGAGCCGUCUGAUAACCAGGAGACUAAAAUUCAGAGUCUGCACAACAUAUUAAGAAAAAAACUGGCUACUAGAAUAGAUGUUGUUCAGACUGCUCAUUUACAGGGAUGCCAAGGAGAUGUGUUGCAUCCUGAUUCCCUUCAGGCCCGCUUGCCUAAGCUUACAAAACGGAUGGCAAAGAUAUGCACAACCUUUGUGAAGAACGACACAUUUUUGGAUCUGGUGGAAAACCUUGACCAGUUCACAGGUGAUGUAAUUUCCUCUGCCCAUGAGUUGCAAAACACGUCCGUCAGUCUGCUUGCUGACAAAGAAAAACAGAAGUCAGAGGUCAAGCAUCUACUUGUGCAGAAACAGAGGGCUCUAACAGAGCUCUUUAAGAGCCUUGCAACUACAGGGUUGUCAUAUCGCAAAGGACUUGCUUGGUCUCAUUCAAAAACUUCUCAGGAUCUGCUUUUCCUUCACCCAUUGGAUUUACGCAGUGCAUUGGCCUUGGUUAACUGCACACAGAAACUGGACUCAGUGUUGCUAUCUGAGAUCUCUUCAUCUUGGGAUGGAUGCCAGAAAUACUUCUAUCAGUCUCUUGCACGCCACUGUAGGCUUCAAACAGCAUUGCUGGCACCGUCAAAGGAAAUUGGGCUUGGUACAAUUGAAAGAUGCAAAGGAUUCACUGCACACCUAAUGAAGAUGCUUGUGAAGCAGAGGAGUGCUCUCACUGGCUUGACAGAGCAGUGGAUUAUCUUGAGGAAUCUUCUGAGCUGUGUACAAGAGAUAGAUGCCAAACUGACCAUCAGUAAUGAAUACAGUAUAGCAUUUCCUCCUCAAGAUGGUGUUCAGCAAUGGACCGACAGGUUACAGCACCUUGCCAUGCAGACUGUGAUGGUCCUUGAGCAGCUGUCUUGGCUUAUAGAGUGUUGUCCCAGGACAGACAUUCAGUCGAUCAGUCUCACAUGUGACAGGACUGAACUGAACCCAACCAAAGUUCCCACGUCAGCUCCUGAACAUGUCCCUUCAGAGCUACGAUACCUCACUCCAGUGGCCUCAGACCAGCUGCCCUUUGGGUGCAAGAUGCAAAAACAAGAUCCGCUGUGUCAGCAGUUGGCUUCCAGAGUGAAGAAUAUGCUAGUGGAAGUUAAGGUGAUAAAAGCAGAUGUGGACAGAAUAAGACAGCUAUCUUGUGAGACUCUUUUCCAUUCCUGGAAAAGCUUUGAGGUUUGCUCUUCUGGGAUAGAAUCUUUGCUUCAGGUUUCAACUCAGCUUCAAGAUAUAGAAUCCUUGUUUGUUUCACCAGAAAUGGAAGUCAGCCGAGCUGCAUCUCACACAGCACUAAUCAGAAGUCUUGUAUACAUCCAAGAAGAAAUUAAUAGAAGUGUAGAUGACUUUGCUAUUUGGAAGACACAACUAUUCAGUUCAAUUUCACAUUGUGAUGGGGACCAAAAAUCAGAUGAUGGGUUUGUAGAGCACUUUUCUGAACAAGUAGAACUUGCAACCCAUGCUAUCUUGAGUGCUAUACAGUGUUUAGUAGAAAGAAGAAAAGAAAAAGAAGAGAAAGAAACCUCUCUGGCUGAUGGGGUGCCCUCAGUUGACAGGCUCAAGUCAGGGCUUUUGACUAAACUCUUGGAUGAAGACAUCUGUUCUGAUGUGAGUUCUUUGCAAGCACAGAAAAUAAUUUCAGCCAUUUCUGAACUUCUGGAGCGACUGAAAUCCUAUGGAGAAGAUUACACAGCCUACAAGUGCAAGCUUUUUAAUCAAUCUUGCCACUUACUGGUGCGUCUAAUGCCAGUACUCUACAAGUAUUCCAAUAUUAUCCUCUUCUACCUCACUGUUUCCUUGGCCACCCAUAGAAGUACUGGAAAAUUGCUUUCUGUCCUAGCUAACAUAUUUACUGAACUUGCCCAGAAGGGGUUUUGUCUACCGAAAGAACUCAUGGAAGAGGGAGCAGGAGAUGGAGCAACCGACUUCCAUGACUAUGAAGGAGGUGGCAUUGGAGAAGGAGAAGGCAAAAAGGAUGUGAGCGACAAGAUAGAAAAUGAAGUUCAGGUAGAAGACACUUACCAGAAGGGUCAAGAAAAGGACAAUGAAGACCCAGAAUCUAAACCAGAUAUUGAAGGAGAGGACAAUGCAAUUGAAAUGUCAGAGGAUUUUGAAGGAAAAACCUAUGAUGGGGAGCAGAAAGAACAAGAAGAGGAUGAGAAAUCUGAUGAUGAUGAAGAAUUAGAUAAACAGAUGGGAAAUCUUGGAGAUGCUGAAGCUGAUAAGCUGGAUGAGAGGCUUUGGGGAGAUGAUGAGGAAGAGGAAGAUGAGAGCGAUAGUGAGGACAGUGUAACGGAAACUGGACCAGGAAUGGAUGAGGGGGAUUCAGAGCUAGCUGCAAAAGAUGACAACUUAGAUGCUGGCAAUAAAAAUGAUGAGAAACCACCCAAGAAUGAAGAAAAAGAGAAGGAAGAAGAUGAUGGGGAAAUCAAAGAGAAAAUCCAUGAACAAACAGAUGAGCGUGAAUAUGAUGAAAAUGAGAGUGAUCCUUAUCAUGGAAAGCAAGAGAAGCAGCCUGAAGCUGAAGCUUUAGAUCUUCCUGAUGACCUGAACCUGGAGAAUGGAGAGGGGGAUGAUGAGGACAAGGAGGAAGAAGGAGAAAAUCCUUUUGAGAUAGAAGAUAAGAUAAUGGAUAUAGAUGAAAAGCAGGUAAAGGAGGAGGAAACCGAAGAUACGGGUGAAGGUAAAGAUCCUGAGCAAACAGAAGAUUCCGUUGAAGAAAAAGCAGAAGGAGAUGAUAAAAUGGAGGAAGAAACAAAUGAAAAAGAAAAUGCAGAGCAUCCUAAUGAAAAUACAGGUGAAGAAGAUGACACAACAGAAGACCAAAAGGAGGAGGAAGAACAGAAAGAGACUGGCAUUUCUGCUAGUGAACAUGGCCUUUAUCCUCAGGAAGAGGAAGAUGUUGAUAAUCCUGACAAGGAUGAACAGUUACCUGAUGCAGUUGAGAGAAUAGAACAUGAAAUGUAUGGUCAGGCGGGAGAAGAGACCCUGCAGAGUGACACUGCUGUAGAAUUGGCUGGAACUGCUUCUGAGAAAGACUCAGUGAAAGAGGAGCAUGGAAGUGGAGCAGCUGAUGCAAACCAAUCAGAAGGCCAUGAAUCUGAGUUAAUGGCACAGAUGGCUUCUCGGAAAAAAAGCAAGAAAAAGACACAGAGUUUUAAGAGAAAACCUGGACAAGCUGACAAUGAACGCUCAAUGGGGGAUCACAGUCAACAUGUCCAUAAGAGAUUAAGAAUGAUGGAGUCCAACAGCGAAGCAGAGCAGAAUCCAAACCAGUCGGAACAAAAUGUGGAAGAAGCUGAUGCUUUUGAGCACAUAAAGCAAGGCACUGAAGCCUAUGAUGCACAGACCUAUGAUGUAGCUAAUGAAGAACAACAAAAACUGACUGUGCCUGUCAGCGAAGACAACAAAGAGCCAAUUUCAGAAGAUGCAGCUAUGGAAACAGAAGCUCAAAAUGCUGAGGAUCUCCACACUGUAGAAACAGAGAUACUGAAUCCAGAAGUAAAGAUGUCUGGUGUUUCCAAAUCUGGAUCUAAGGAGACAGAGUUGGAAGCCAAAGAUGGUAAUUCUGAGGGUGACAAAGAACGUGGAACAGACAAACCACAGUCAGAAGUCAGGCCAGACAGAAACAAAGACUCCACUAUACACACUGCCCAUCAGUUUUUAAUGAAUACCAAAAUUAAGCACAUUGUCAAGAAUCCUGAGGAGCUACGACAAGAACUAGAGAAGCAGCUGGAAAUUUGGCAGUCUGGAAACAUUGAUGAGGAGAAGGCAGCAGCAGAGAUGUGGCAGAGAUACCUUCUACUCACUACAGCCCUUUCACAGCAGCUCUGUGAGCAGCUCCGACUCAUACUGGAGCCAACUCAGGCAGCCAAGCUGAAAGGUGAUUAUAGGACAGGCAAAAGACUGAACAUGCGCAAAGUAAUUCCUUAUAUUGCCAGUCAGUUCCGAAAGGAUAAAAUCUGGUUACGAAGGACCAAGCCCAGCAAACGACAGUACCAGAUUUGCUUAGCCCUGGAUGAUUCGGCUAGCAUGAUAGACAACCACUCUAAACAGCUUGCUUAUGAAUCCCUGGCGGUAAUUGGAAAUGCAUUGACCCUCUUAGAAGUAGGACAGAUAGCAGUGUGUAGUUUUGGAGAAACAGUUCAGUUACUGCAUCCAUUCCAUGAACAAUUUAAUGACCAAUCAGGAACUCGGAUAUUACGACUUUGCAAAUUUGAACAAAAGAAAACUAAGAUAGCACAGUUUUUAGAAUCCACAACAAAUAUGUUUGCUGCUGCACAGCAGUUUUCUCAGAACAUGAAUCCAGAAACUGCUCAGCUACUGCUAAUAGUAUCUGAUGGAAGAGGUCUUUUCCUUGAGGGCAAGGAACGUGUCACGGCAGCUGUCCAGUCUGUUCAGAAUGCAAAUAUCUUUGUCAUUUUUGUAGUGUUGGACAACCCCAACUCAAGGGAUUCCGUCUUGGAUAUAAAAGUACCUGUAUUCAAAGGCCCAGGAGAACUGCCAGAAAUAAGGUCAUACAUGGAAGAAUUUCCCUUUCCUUUCUACAUAAUCCUCAGAGAUGUGAAUGCUCUUCCGGAGACUCUCAGUGAUGCUCUCAGGCAGUGGUUUGAAUUGGUAACUACCUCAGACAGCCUGUAGAGUUUUGCCUGAUCUGAUUGAAUUCAUCACUAUAUAAGCUGCUGUUUUAAUGGGCCAGAAAGAACACACUGAAAGUGAGCAUUCUUCCUACUCAGUAUAGGAAACUAUGCAAUCCAUGAUAAGCGGAAAAUGAGU